AUGGCUAAAUUCUUCAAUAAGAGAUUAGCAGCUAACGACACUAUACAUGAUGAUAUGCUUAUGGCUAGUGAAAAGAGUCUUGAGUGUAAUUCUGGAACUACUCGAAAAUGUCAUAAUGAAGCUGAGGAAGAUGACAUUGAAGGUAAUUCUGAUGUACAUGGAAAAUAUUGCAUGCCAAAUUGCAUUGCAGUCCUGAAAAGUCUAAAGGAGGAGGAUUUUUUGAGUCGUCAACAAUUUAGUUUUGCUUUAGAAUUGAUUAAAGAUCCUCAAAAUAGAAUCAUAGUUAUGUGCUUGCAAGAUUCAAUGUAUGAUUUAGCAUAUUGGAUUUUUUACAAAUAUGAGUUAAAUGAAAAACUGUCAUGA